UAACAAGCUUACGAACAGCAGCAACUCUGCAGGGACCCCAAAAAACCAGAAAGAUAAUUGAAAAAGACUCAAUUUUUAAGAAGUUAAACAAAAGAUCUCACGUCACUCACCUGAAAUAGCCACCUAAGCAGAGCAAAGCAGUACCCUUUUCUUCUAUUGCAACAUUCAGCUGAAAAUUCGGCCAACAAAGGCAAAGCUUUGAGCUGAAAAACUCACUCUUCCUCUCAGAACUCUAAUGUCAGUUGAUAGUUCAUUUGGAAAGCUUCCUGAUCAUCUCCUAAUAGAAAUUUUCAUUCGAGUUCCUGUCUCGGAGUGGGCACAAAUAUCCUGUGUCAAAAAACAGUGGGCCAAUCUGUUUCGUGGAGAAUGCUUGUGGCAAGCUGCUCUUGCUACAACAUAUCCUUUGGCUAACCAAGCUAAAAGGUGGCCUGGACCUAUCCCUCGAGGGUUGAGCAAGAGGAGAUUUGCAGCCUUAUAUGUCAGUAAACAUAUCUUUUCUCUGGAUGGUGAGAUUGAUGAGAUUGUGGGCCAUACAUAUUUAUUUCUAAAAGAGCAGCUUGAGCUUUCAACUAUGCCACCCUCUUCUAGCAUACUGCAUGGAACCAUAAUAGGCUGUAAAUUCUUUUCACAUCAUGACCCGGGAUUACUGCGUGUUUUAGCAGAUCAGUUUAUUGCUUGUGGUAAAUCGAGAGACAUGGCUCAUGAUCUUGCUUCCCAGAUCUGGCUGGCUGUUCUUGACAAUUUAGAGGAAAAUGAGCACACUUUUCAAAUACUUAAACGUCUCGCACAAGAGGGGGAUCAGGUUUUUCUUCCAUACCCCUACUCAAGAUCAAUCAAAGUCCAAUGGAGGGUGUUUGAAAAGCUCUUCACAGAUUUUCGCGACUGCUUUGAUCAUGUAGAUUACUAUGAUGUGUUGGCCUGCGCAAAGACCAAAUUUCAGCCAAUACCAUCCAUUUGGUUAGGUUACUGAUCCACCUCAAAUGCCUAGUUAUUCAGGAUUCAUGAGUAUUUGUAUAUAUAGGGGUCACUCUUUGCUUCUGCCUUCUGUCCCUGAAAAAUUGAAAGUCUUGUGUACCAUGCUUGAUAGGAGCAUAAAGAAACUGUUUAUAUUUGUACUGUUAAUAGUUGCAUGAUUCGAAUACCCAAAUAGAGGAGAAGAGUUACUUGAAAUUUUUUGUUGUACAACUACAACCACGAGAAUGUAAUGCAACUUGAAAUAAUAUUUUAGCAUAAAGCCGUGAACAAGAUUCUUUUUGGGUCAAACCCCUUA